AUGUUCCUGAGCCCGGGCGAGGGGCCAGCGGCUGAGGGUGGGCGGCCAGGGCCUGGCGAGGAGGCCCCCAAGAAGAAGCACCGGAGGAACCGCACGACCUUCACCACGUACCAGCUGCACCAGCUGGAGCGGGCGUUCGAGACCUCCCACUACCCGGACGUUUACAGCCGCGAGGAGCUGGCCGCCAAGGUGCACCUGCCCGAGGUGCGCGUGCAGGUGUGGUUCCAGAACCGCCGGGCUAAGUGGCGCCGCCAGGAGCGUCUGGAGUCAGGCUCCGGCGUGGCAGCCCCGAGGCUCCCCGAGGCCCCAGCACUGCCUGCCCGCCCUCCCGCCAUGCCACUGCCCCUGGAGCCCUCUGGCCCUGGGACCCCAGCCGUGCCAGCUCCGCGCCUCCUGGGCCCGGGUCCAGGGCUGCAGGGGUCCUUUGGGCCCCACGCCUUUGGUCCAGCCUUCACGGACGGUUUCACCCUGGAGGAGGCGUCCUUGCGACUGCUGGCCAAGGAGCACGUGCAGGCUCUGGACAGGGCCUGGCCAUCGGCCUGA